UCCAUCUGUGGUUCCUUAGAAAUCGAAGAGGCCUCUCCGCAAGCAAUCCGGCGACCUAAGUUUGCUCCCCGUGUAGUAAAUACAAAUGACAAUUUUUUUGAAGGAAGUAACGUUCAAGGGCUGCCAAAGCGAAGAGAUAAUCCAGCCCUCCUUGAAAUGCAUGAAGAAAUUACUCCAGUGAAUACAAUGAAUCAUCGACCUGGCUCUACCAGACGACGUGUUCUGCCAAGCAAAGGAGAAGAUAUAUUUGAGGAGAACAAAAACGAUGUAAAAGAAAAUUUUGAUAAGGAAGAGAGAAAGCACUCAAUUGAGAUAACUACUGAUUUGGAAGGAGAGAGACCAAUGAACCAUAAUGAAAUUACAUGGAAAGGAGAAAAAACCUUGAAUGAAAGAAUGGAGAGGCAAGAAAAUUCAGAGAUUAAAGACAGAAUGCCGGCAAUUAAGGAUCGAGAAGUUUCUGAAAACGAAUUUAGUCUUCCAGAAAAUGAGCAGAAUGAAUUGGCCCAGUUGUGCAGAGGCGAGUUGGACCAGGACUUAGGUAUUACGACAAAACACCUCGUCCCCGACGUCAAAAUAUUGGCUAGUGAUGAAGCGCCAACCAAGUCACCAACUUCACUUAAAACUUCUAUGAACUUUCCUGAACAAAUCCUUACGGAUGCAGCUGAAAAAAAAGUAAACCGUUGCGUACAAAUCUGUCGACCCAAUUCCCCUCCGGAAGUAUCAUCUUCGUCGUCCUCGAUUAAUGCUAGCUCAUCAGAUGACGAGCCUUCUACGACUUACAAAUACCAGCGCCGCCGCAGCAGGGCAGUUUUAUAUCACCUAUCGGGCAGAUUUGACAAUAAACCAAAGAGCAAGCUUCCCUUCAAACGGGUAAUAUGA